AUGAGUUUGGUUAGGAAAAAGUGUGAAUCGAUAACUAAUAUUGAAACGAAUAGAGAUGAAGUUUUGCCCAGUGAUGUUACACCAGAAGAUGUUUUAAGAUUGGAUAAAAUCACAGAUACAUAUUUAUGUAGUCCUGAGGCGAAUGUUUAUGAUAUAGAUUUUACAAGAUUUAAAAUUCGUGAUUUGGAAACCGGCACAGUUUUAUUUGAAAUCGCUAAACCACCUACUGACUUUGGUGUUGAUAAUGAAGGCGCAGAUGAUGUGCAAGAAGAACCUCUCGAUCCCAACGCUGGACGAUUCGUCAGAUACCAAUUUACACCUCAAUUUUUAAAAUUAAAAACAGUUGGAGCUACAGUGGAGUUUACAGUAGGAGCCCGCCCUGUUAAUCAUUUUCGGAUGAUUGAAAAACACUUUUUUAGAGACACUUUACUGAAAACUUUUGAUUUUGAAUUUGGCUUUUGUAUUCCAUUUUCAAGAAAUACUUGUGAGCACAUUUAUGAAUUUCCCUCCUUACCAUCUGAUUUAGUUGAAGAGAUGAUUGCUGCUCCUUUUGAAACUUGUUCUGACAGCUUUUACUUUGUUGACAAUCAUCUAGUCAUGCAUAACAAAGCUGAUUAUGCAUACAAUGGAGGUACAAAUAAU